GGGCGCCUGCCCUUUUUCCAACUUAGGACACAACUUUGACUCAUUGUUUUGGACACCCUAUAUUAAUAAUACACUCCUUGCCUAUGGGGUGUGUCAAGAACUGAGAACCAGAGACCGUCGAUUGACAAUUGGAUUCGAGGAAGGCGAGACAUGGAGAAGGACUCGAAAUUGGAGGAGAAUGAAUUAUGCGCCGCUUCACACCUUGCUCUUGAUAUUGGAGGUUCCCUGCUUAAGAUGGUGUACUUUACAAGAAACAGCAGUAGGUCUUUUGAUCAGGAGGCGGAUGGUUCUUCGAUGAACGGAUUAACUACUUCUAAUGACGACCUUCACCACAGCCUUCUGGAUGGGAGGCUUCAUUUUUACAGGAUUGAGACUAGUAAGAUCAGCGAAUGCAUUGAUUUUAUAUCGUCCAAGCUGCUUCAACGCUCCGGUCAUCAAUGUAAUGGGGCUUCUAUUGAUGACAAAAAUAUCAUUAAGGCCACAGGUGGUGGUGCAUUUAAAUUUACAAAUUUGUUCAAGGAGAAGCUGGGAGCUACACUGGACAAGGUAGACGAAAUGGAUUCCCUUGUAUCAGGAGCAAAUUGUUUGCUUAAGACAGUGCACCAAGAAGCAUUUACAUAUAUAGAGGGGCGAAAGGAGUAUGUCCAGAUUGACCAAAAAGAUUUAUAUCCUUAUCUCCUUGUUAAUAUUGGGUCCGGAGUUAGCAUGAUCAAGGUAGAUGGCAACACCAAGUUUCAGCGAGUUAGUGGAACAAGCAUUGGAGGUGGUACAUUCUGGGGUUUGGGGAAACUUCUAACCAAGUGCAAAAGUUUUGAUGAGUUGUUGGAGCUAAGUCGUGAGGGGAACAACAGAGUGAUAGAUAUGCUUGUUGGGGAUAUAUACGGUGGAAUGGAUUAUUCAAAGAUUGGUCUUACAUCAACGGCAAUUGCUUCUAGCUUUGGUAAGCCAGUAUCUGACAGCAAAGAGCUACAAGAUUAUAAAUCUGAAGAUAUUGCAAGAUCUCUGUUAAGAAUGAUUUCAAAUAAUAUUGGGCAGAUAGCUUACUUGAAUGCUCUUCAAUUUGGGCUCAAGAGAAUUUUUUUUGGAGGGUUCUUUAUUCGCGGGCAUCCUUACACAAUGGAUACAAUAUCUGUGGCAGUUGAUUUCUGGUCAAAAGGGGAAGCUAAAGCCAUGUUUCUUCGACACGAAGGAUUCCUGGGAGCAAUGGGAGCCUUCUUAAGCUAUGAAAAGAGUGGGCUUCCGGAUGCUGCGCAACAAUUGCUGCAAUAAAUCCCGACUAAAAUCAAGAUUCCUCCACCCUAAGCAUGGAUUUUGUUGUACCUCUCCUUGCUGCUUGGAUAAGUUUAAGUCCAUUCAUCUACUCCAGGUAGCAUUACAUUUAUGUAGCUGAUCCUGAUCAUGUCUGUAACAUGAUAUUGUAUAUGAAUCAAUAAUGUUGUCUUGUUUGGCCUGUGAAGAGUCGAUAUGAGCCAUGGAUGGAUGGUCUUUUCUAUUUUGACUGACCUGCGUUGCUUGUAUUUGUGUUUUGGGUUGUAUUUGAUCAUACAAAAUAGCAAAACAAAUGGACGGAUUGUUGUGAAAUUGAUGCAAUAUAUCUAUCAAUAAUAUUAAUGAUUUUUACUUUUGAUUA